AUGGCGGCUGACACCAACACGAUGCCCCCACCUGACUACACUGGUGACGCCGCUUCGAGGGUGUUCGCGGUGCCUGAGUUGCUCGAGCACAUCCUAUUCUUGGCUGUUACUACGCAGCGCAUCGAGAACCCAGACUACGAUGAGCCUGGACCACUAAAGAUGUGGCCAAUGGCGGGAUGUGCCAUCGUGUCCGAAGGCUGUGUUUGUCUCUUCCAAAUUCAGCGAGUCAGCAGAGCCUUCCGGCAUACCAUCCACGGAUCGGUCAAACUCAAGCGGCUCAUGUUCCUUGCUCCGCAAGAGAACUCCAAGCUUUUGAGUGAUCGCUCAGAGCCGGAACCCGGAAUGGAGCUGCAUCAACCUUUGACAUCUCUGUUGUCGAUGAUGUGUCUCACGGAAAUCGAAGAGGCAAUGGUAAUCGAGGAAGUCGACAUUACCGAUGGGAACUAUACUUGGCAUGCCUUCAUCUACAGUGAACUCCUCUCCGUGUCCGAAACACCCUAUGAUAGGGCCCUCGGAGAACUGCCAAAAGGUUGGCGAAACCCUGAAGCAAGCUGGAAAAAGAUACGAAUCUGCAAUGCUAAGGUCCCGUGCGCCCUCAACUUCCGUGUAGAGGGUGAGUUCCAAGAGGAUGAUGAGGCUCCGCCAUUCAAUAUCACGUUCCGCUUUGAGGAAGAUGACACCUUGGAUCAUGCCUUCAACCUUCUCGAGGGCCUCCUGACGGUGCUAAGCAAGUACAGAGAUAAGAAGAUUGCGAUGGACAACGACCAGCGUGCAGAGGAGGAUUUGCUGCAUGACACACCACAGUCGGAGCAGUCUUCUCAAAAAGCCAUGACUGCUAUGGAAAAGAGACAUGAUAAGAAGAGACUUCAGCUGGAACGGGCCUUCGACAGAGCGCUCAAGCGUCGCACUGCGAAGAUUCAGGAGAGCAAGUCUAGCCAUUAG